AUGUCCAGACCAUUCUCGGCAUCUCCCACGCCUAAAACCCCCAAGUCUCCUUCUCAGUUCAAGAAUCCUUUACCGCCAAAGAGCCUCGAGGAUACCCAUGUUCAGGUUAUUUGUCGACUCAGGCCAUUGAGCGGAUAUGAGCGGUCCAGGGGACACGAAGAUGCCACUCAAGUUCUAGACGAGCACACGAUUUGUGUCACUAACCGGGACGCCCAGCAGGUGUUCUCGUUCGACCAUGUUUGCGGGAUGGAUACCACGCAGCAGGAUAUGUAUGAUUUGGUGGCAAAAAGCACACUCCAGGAUCUCUUCCGUGGCUUCAACGGGACCAUAUUGGCCUACGGUCAAACAAGUGCAGGUAAGUCCCAUACCAUGUUUGGCACGGCUAGCGACCCUGGAAUCAUUCCACGGGUAUGCAGCAGCAUUUUUUCUCACAUAGAACAUGGUCUGCCCGAUGUGGAAUACACCGUGAGUGUCUCCUUGAUGGAGAUUUAUCAGGAACACAUCAAAGACCUACUUAAUCCAACGCUGAAAGAGUCUGAGUACACCAUUCACGAGGAUAAGACUAACGGCGUGUAUGUUCGAGGCAUAUCACAUGCUUUCGUGUCAUCAGCAUCAGAAAUGACACAAGUGUUGAAGCAGGGCAGUAAGCACCGGACGAAAUCACCCACCAAUAUGAACAUGGAGUCAUCCCGCUCCCACGCUAUUUUCCAGGUCAUGCUUACUCAGGAGGAGAUUGCGUCUGGUGCCAUAACAAAAAGUAAGCUAUUUCUAGUUGACUUGGCAGGAUCCGAAAAAGUCGACAAGACAGGUGCUUCAGGAAACAACUUGGAGGAAGCCAAGAAGAUUAAUCUCUCCCUUUCUGUGCUUGGGCUCGUCAUCAACUCGCUCACAGAUAAAUCCACCCACAUUCCCUACCGAGACUCUAAGUUGACUAGGAUUCUUCAAGAGUCGUUGGGAGGAAACUCCAGAACUAGCUUGAUUGUGAAUUGCUCCCCAGCCACAAGUUGCGUCUCCGAAACAAUCUCUACGUUGCGAUUUGGUACUCGUGCAAAGAACAUCACAAAUACCGUACACGUCAACAGGGAGCUUAGUGUAGACCAGCUUAAGGCUCGGGUAGUAUACUUGGAAAAAGUGAAUCGUGAGUUGGAGCAAGAAUUGAAGGCAGUCAAAGUUGCAUCUCCAACACCACAUAAUAUCAAUCUCUUAAGUCCUCGUGGGACAAGUCGAAUUCCAUUACCUUCUGAUCGUCUGAUGGUUCACCAGGACGAACUCAAACGCAAAGACGAAAAGAUACUUGCGUUGGAGCAGGAACUUUUAGAAUUUAAGAUGGCGCAGGUCAAAGUUCAGCACGAUGAAGACCUGAAACUCUACAAGCUUGAGAGUGCACUUCUCAAACUUAGUGACAAGCUCGGUGAUGUGGAGCUCAUCAACGACAACCUCCGCAAGCACUUACUUAUUAGUGAGAAGAUAAUUGAGGCACGAGAGAUCAAGAUCGAUAAGCUACGGGUCCUUUUAGGUGAACAGCAAGCUCAGGUCAAGAGGGAAAGUAUGCAAUUCGAGAAUAAACUCCGCAUGCUCAAGGAUAGACUUGAUGGCCAGAAAUCACACGAGGCAUCAUACUCAGAGGAGCAUGAGGCGGCGAAUUCGACCAUCGAAGAUUUUUUUGGCGAUGCAGAUGUUGCAGCGGAACUUAUGGUGGAAAGUAGUUCGCCAAUUCAAACGCCAAAGCGAGAUUCCAGGGAGAGAUUUGGGUCGCCCAAGUCACCUACCUCACCUCGUCUAGGCAUAAAUCUUCGCAUUGUGAAGCCUCUUCGAGGCGGGGCGAGAGAACAGUGA